UCAAGAUGGUUGCCAAUUUUGCCAAUGUGCAAAUGUGCAGUAGCGAACUGUGUGCAGUCAGUUCACUGUGUGCAGUGUGUGCAUUUUCUCCGUUUUAGUGGGAAACCAGAUGUGGUUUUUUGUGGUCCAUUAGUCUUUCGUUGUUUUAUUGUUUAUUGAUCAAACGCGUGGUAAAUAUCCGAAAUGAAACUGUAUUCUCUUGGCAGAAGUUGUAAAGCACCAUGCUUUGUCUUGAAAUUCAAGCAAGCAACGGUCAUGUUGGAUUGCUCAUUGGAUAUGACACCAGCACUUCAUUUUACACCUAUGAAUUUAGUUGAAAAGAAGCAAAGUCAAUGUUUUGGCAAGCCUUGGUUUACUAGAGAGUUGCAAGAUAUUGAUGGCUUUGUGGAUGAAAAUAAUAUAAUAGAUGUUGGGGGAAAUCUUUUUGUGGAUAGUGAACCUGAGGUUCUACCACCUGAGGUUGAUUUGCUAGAUAUGUCCACUAUUGAUGUGAUAUUAAUAUCAAACAGUUUCUUUAUGUUUGCACUGCCAUACAUCACUGAGCAUACAAACUUCUCUGGUACAAUUUAUGCAACAGAACCUACGCUUCAAAUGGGAAGUGAACUGAUGCAAGAAAUGGUUACAUUUGCUGAGCGAGUACCAAAGUUAGUUAAUGGCACAGCAUGGAAAAAAGCUGAAAUUAAGAGGUUGCUUCCAGCGCCAUUGAAAGACUGUCGUAAUGUUGAAUCCUGGUGUACAUUAUACAGUAUUCAUGAUAUAAAAUCAAGUAUAGCAAAGAUACAAACUGUUGGAUUUUCAGAGAAACUGGAUCUAUUUGGUGUCCUCCAAUUAACUCCAGUGAGUUCAGGUUUUUCUGUUGGUAGCUGCAAUUGGAUAAUACAAUCUGAAUACGAAAAGAUAAGUUAUUUAUCUAGCUCUUCGUCGUUCACGACUCAUCCUCAACCAUUUGAGCCAAAUUGUUUGAAAGGAAGUGAUGUACUGAUAUUAUCAGGACUGACAGACUCGCCCAUUUCCAACCCAGAUAUCAUGCUGGGAGAAUUCUGUACUAAUUUAGCGAAUACAAUCAAAGGUGGAGGAAAUGUUUUAGUGCCGUGUUUUCCCUCCGGUGUCAUUUACGACCUAUUUGAGUGUCUACAAUCAUACAUGGACAGUGCUGGACUAACCUUUACACCAAUAUACUUCAUUUCACCUGUCGCUGACAGUUCUUUGGCUUAUUCUAAUAUUUAUGCUGAGUGGUUGUGCCAGAGCAAGCAGUCGAAAGUGUAUCUCCCAGAACCACCAUUUCCGCAUGCUGAGCUUGUAAAGAAUGGAAAACUAAAGCACUUUCCAAACCUCCAUGAUGGCUUUAGUAACACAUUUAAAACACCUUGUGUGGUGUUUACUGGUCAUCCAUCAUUGCGAUUUGGCGAUGUCGUUCACUUUAUUGAAAUGUGGGGAAAUUCAAGUUCCAAUACUAUAAUUUUUACAGAACCUGGAUUCCCGUUUUUAAACGCUUUGGCUCCAUAUCAGCCACUUGCUAUGAAGAGUUGUUAUUGCCCAAUAGAUCCCAGGUUGAAUUUUGGUCAAGUAAACAAAACACUAAGAGAGAUGAAGCCACGUUUCGUCGUCAUUCCUGAAGAAUACACAGCUCCUCCACCACUGCUACCGCACAGAACAGAUCUUGUAGUACAGUUCGACAACGAUAGUCACAUGUUACCCAUCAGUUACCCUCAUGUUAUCGAUAUUCCUGUUUCUCGAAGUUAUGAAAAAGUAUCCCUGUCAAACAAGCUUGCAACAAUGUUGUGUCCACAGGAAGUACGGGCUGGCACCGCUGUAGCUAUGGUGAAUGGUAUACUACAAAAUAAGAAUAACAAAUACACACUUCAACCAUUUGAGAGAUCAUCAGAAGGUUCAUCAUCCAAUAAGUGUUUAUGUGGUGAUUUAAUGGUCGAGGAAAUGGUAGCGUCUCUCGCAAAGAGGGGAAUAACAGAUGUACAGGUUGAACAAACGCCAAAUGGGCAUACGGUACAUCUCAACGAUGAUGAUGCUGUGGUUACAUUAGAGCGGGGAAGUACUCAUAUUAUAACACAUGGAAAUGACCAGCUCAGAAAGACAAUUAGAGACGCAUUGUUGGACUGUUUAUCACAGAUGUGAUUGAUUUGUCUCAGAGGUUAUUUAGUGUUGGUAUGAGUUGAAUUGCAGAUGAUGCAUUCUGCCAUAAUCCAGUGGCGUAGCCAGCACGAUGAUUGGAGGGGGCAUAUUCAUAUAUUUGUGAU